CAGGCGUCUAUUCAUUUCUUCCUCGCAUUCAAUCGCCUCUCCUCCCUCGCCAUGUGUGUCGGUUUCAAAUCGGUUCAGUGCGGAGAAGCAAAGGGCAGCAGCUUAAGUGGCAGCGCAAUGUCACGUGAGAACGUGUCUGUCUGGCGCAGCCUCGCAGAAGAGCCCUAACGCGUCGACGGCGCCAGAAUGCGCCGGCUGUAAUAUGAAGCCUGGGAGGCGCAUUGGCCGAGAGCAAGUCGAAACCCGUAUCGCAACAUCAUGCUGCAGGUAUUAACGCCGUCCAGAUGCCAUCACCGCCUCGUUGUGCUGCUGUAGAUGCGCAAAUGUGAAACUCUGCGAUUUUUCGCCAUCGCAAGUGAGACGCGACAAGAACAUCUGGCGUCCGAAAGCAGACUAGCGGGCCGGCGGUACGUCUCCCUCUGCUAUGGGCAACCCCCGGAAUAUCGUCAUCUCCGGGACGACAGCGUAAAUUGCGCGACCGGUUCGCAUGAUGGCCCGUGCGCACAUACCGCACCCCCAAAACCCGCGGCAGCUCUGAGCAGCUCCCGCCAACGGCUUCCUGCGCUAAAGCGUCUGCGGCGCUUGGGGUAUAAACAAAUAAACAUUGCAAAAUACAGCGUCCAGGCCGGCUCAUCACAGGCCGCCGGCUGGUUAAAGUCAGACCACCGAAGUCCAAGCCCCCAGGCAGCUUCCCAACCUCCAACCCUGCAGCAGCCCGUAUCGACGACUUCUUGCUGGUGGCGCAUCGUUUUUUGCAGCUUCACCGGCGCAUGCUCCCUGUCCUUGUCACUGUCGCCAAUUUCCACCUUGCGCCUGCUUCCGCAGCUGAGGGGAAUUGGAAAUCCGCCAGACCAGGGCCAAAAGUCGAGAGCAGCAUCUUUCCGGCUGGGAGGGGCGCUUCUUCUUCGCCAAAUCCACAUUGUCUUUUUUGUCUCCAUCUGUGAGAAAGUACCUACUCGCCUACUCGCCAACCCGCCCCCUUUCUCUCGUCUUUCGUCCCCCGUCACUGUAUGGUCAAAAAUAGCCACGGCUGCGGUCCCAGGGUCCCCAUUAGACGUGAUUUGGCGUCGCCGCCUAAUUUAUUUUUGAUAAUCUUCGAGACUCCAUCGUCCCCGAAUAGCGACCCCGGAGCUACGGACAGUGCUGGACGCCGCGUAACGCAAACCUCUGUUGUAUGAUAUCUCGACGCGGACUCCUCCGAAAUCAGACGGAGGCUGCGUUGCUCAAGGCUUGAUUCGCAUAGGCUUUUAUUCGCGCAUUUUACCGAAGCAGUGAUUUUUUAUCUUUAAAGACCUGACGCAAGGCCAAGCCG